AUGAGCAGUAAGAAGGGGGUGGCCAAAGCUGCAACAGGGAAGUGGCAGGCAUCCCACCCUCGACCCAAGACACGAGCUACUGCUGGGAAGCUUCAAGAGAACCGUCAAUCACAGAAGAAGACAGGCCCGAUAGCCAGGGCACCCUCCAACCCUGAGAACCCAGAGGCCCCUGCAGGGCCAGCUGCUGAGGACCGAGCCGCCAUUGUUAUCCAGUGUGCCUUCCGGCAACACCUGGCGAGAAAGGAACGGGUCCAGCGUGAGCAGGAGCGCCGGGAGUACCUGGAGCAGAUGGAGAAGCUGCAACAGGAGGCCUACUUGGCGCUGGUGCGCAGGGAGCAGGAGGCGGCGCGGCGGCAGCGCGAGCAGGAGGAGGCGGCGGAGCGCGCGAGGCGGGAGGAACUGCAGCGCCGCCGCCGCCUGCUGGACGCCGCCUUCGAGGGGGACGUGGGCGAGAUCCGCGCCGUGCUGGCCGAGGUGGAGCGGGCGCUGACCCGCGAGGGUGUGGGCCACUACGAGGCGGGCCAGGCGCGGCGGCUGCAGCGGCGCAUGGCCACCGUGGAGUGCGAGGACGGGCACGGGAACACGCCGCUGUCCGAGGCGGCCGCGGGCGGGCAGGCCCUGGCCAUUCAGCUGCUGGCCGAGCUGGGCGCCAGCCCCAACAGCAAGGGCUCCUUUGGCAGGACGCCGCUGUACCGAGCCGCCUUCGGGGGUCACCUGGAAGCUGUGGAGGUGCUCCUAAAGCUCGGAGCUGACCCCCGCGUGUAUGCAGACGAUGGGAGCACUCCAGAGCAGGUGGCCUCACUGCCCACAGUGGCCAGUGUGCUGCAGUCGUGGGACCUAAGCCUCACAGAGGCCAUGCUCCAGAACAUGGAGGCUGAGCGGCAGCGCCGGGCCCAGGAGGCCCAGAAGCACAAGGAAGCAGAAGCCAAGCGGUGUUCCAGCAUCAACCUCAAGGUACAGCAGCUGACCAAGGAGCAGCAACAGUGUCACAAGGAGCUGCAGCAGGCCUACUGCGAGCUCAACAGAAGGAUCACAGAGCAUGACAAAUGUGAGCAGAAGUGCAUGGGCAAGACCGAACUCACACUGCAGGCCAUCAAGGAUGCAGAGGCCCAAGUGGACAGACUGCGGCAGGAGGCACAGAAGGCUGAGGACAUGCUGGCCAUGGCCAGGCUGGAGCUGCGGGAGCAGACCCAGGAGGAGGAGGAGGCAGAGCCUGGACUGAAGUGCCAGGUCACUGAACUCCAUGAUGUGCUAAUGAAGGACGUGGGUGACCGAAUCCGCGCUGAUGGACGGUGGCCUCUUGUCAUUGACCCUUCCGGCCAGGCAGCCAUCUUCUUACGCUAUCAGGAUACCAACUACGUGGACACCAUGAAUCCAGAGCACUUGCGGCCAGAGAGGAUUCGGCUGGCUCUGCUGGGGGCACUCAGGUACGGGAAGCCGUUGGUGUUUGACCUGCGUGAGGUGAACCUGUUCUCAGCCGUGCAGCAGCAGCUGGAGGCAGUGCAGCCUGGCCUGGCACAGGCGCUGCUGAGCCGCGGGCUGCUGGUACAGGAAGGGUACCUGUCACUGCUGCGGCCCACUGAUGGGCCCGAGUACAGCCCCACCCAGUUCCAGGAGGCGCGCCUAGAGCACUUUCGUCUCUUCUUUGUCACCCGGGUACGGUGGCCACCAGCUGACCAGCUGCAGGUCCUACUCCCAGUGCGUGUACAGCUGCCCAGUGGGGGCAUCUAG